AUGAAAAGUCAUGGUAUGAGAUUGCUUGGUAUCUUGUUUGAAAGUUGGAAUGGACAUGGUGAACAAUUUGUUAUUUUUUCUUUGCGACAACUUGUCGCUUUAUUUUGGGACAAACAACGAACUGCGAAAUUUUUCAUAAUGAUGGUUUUGGAUAUUGAUUUGUUUCGAGAAGAAAAAGGCGGUGAUCCGGAAAUGAUACGAGAUUCACAACGAAAACGAUAUAAGGAUGUCAAACUUGUUGACGAUGUUAUUGAUUAUGAUCAAAGAUGGAGAAAACAGGAACGUUUUUUAAACAUUACCGGUAAUGGAGAAUGGAAAUUAUUAAAUCCAAUGAAAUUGGCUUAUUACAGUACAGAAAUACACCGGAAUUCUUUCUCAGUGAAGCCUGUCAAAUAUCCAAAAACAAUAAAUGAUAAACAAGGAUCAAUUGGUAAUGAUCAUACCGUACCAGCCGAUUAUAUGGAACGGUUAGAUGUACUAAGUAUUGAUGACAUAAAGAGUUUGAACAUAUUGCAAAUUAAAAAACUAAAGAGUAUGAUUGAUGAGAAGCUCAUGGAAAAAAAGACAGAAAUGGAGAAACUUGAUGCAAAACGCCAGGAAAAGCUUAUUCAAAUAGGCAAUAUUAUACAUCCCUCGGUGCCUGUCAGUGAUAACGAAGACAACAAUAGAGUGGAGAAGACUUUUGGUGACAUCAAAACCAAGAAGAAAUAUUCACAUAUAGAUCUUUGUGUGAUGAUUGAUGGCUUUGAUGGUGACCGUGGAACUUGUGUCGCUGGUGGCCGCGGUUAUUUUUUGAAAGGUCCAUUAGUAUUCCUGGAACAAGCAAUUAUCAAUCUUGCUUUACAAAUGUUACAUUCCAAAGGCUUCAUCCCACUUUACACUCCAUUCUUCAUGCGUAAGGAAGUGAUGCAAGAAGUGGCACAGCUCAGUCAAUUCGAUCAAGAGUUAUACAAGGUUACUGGCAAAGGUUCUGAAGUCAUUGGAGACGAAACCCAUGACGAGAAAUAUCUCAUAGCCACAUCCGAACAGCCAAUUGCAGCUUAUCACCGAAACGAAUGGAUUGGUGAAAAUGAACUGCCAAUUAAAUAUGCUGGUAUAUCAUCUUGUUUCCGCCAGGAGGUUGGAAGUCAUGGUCGAGAUACUCGUGGUAUGUUCCGAGUACAUCAGUUUGAAAAGGUCGAGCAGUUUGUUCUAUGUUCUCCACAUGAUGAUAGAAGCUGGAAAAUGCUUAAUGAAAUGGUCGAAAACUCCGAAGAUUUCUGUAAAGCACUUGGUAUACCGUUUCGUAUUGUCUGCAUUGUUUCGGGAGAACUAAAUAAUGCUGCUGCGAAGAAGCUUGAUUUAGAAGCGUGGUUCCCAGGCAGUGGUGCAUUCAGAGAAUUAGUUUCUUGUUCGAACUGUACCGAUUAUCAAGCACGACGUUUGAAAAUUCGUUAUGGGAGAACGAAGAAACUAGAAAGUGAAGUACCGUAUGUACACAUGUUGAACGCAACAAUGUGUGCAACUACACGUGUAUUAUGUGCGCUGUUGGAAAAUUAUCAAGAAGAGCAAGGUAUACGUGUACCGGAAAUUCUGAAACAGUUUAUGCCAAAUCCCUACAAAGAACUAAUACCAUUCGUUCAGGAAGCACCCAUUGAAAGGAGAUGGGAGGAGCGCGGAUUGUAUUGUAUUUGUGUUGUGAAUGAACCGGUUUAUCGGCGUGAAUGGUAUAGUCCAGGUGUAAUAGCCUUAUCGUUGUGA